CCCUGGGCCAGAGUUGUCCGGAGCCUGCUCCCACUCCCAACCAGCGCACAUCCCUCUCCAUCCUUCCCUCCCCCCGCCUGCCGCGGCACCGGUCGCCGCAGCCGCAGCCCGGAGCCGGUGAGGCGGCGAAGGGGGGAGGGGGAGGAAGCAAGGGAUGAACGCCGGGAGGGCGUCGGAGGCCCUGAGCCGGACUAGGACACCCCUGGAGCCUAAACCCGACCCGGAGCCAGAGCCGAACCACCGCUGCAGACCCCUCCCCCUAGGAGGCGCCCUGGCCCGUGUUCGCCCCCCAGGGCCUCAUGUCGGAACCACAGCCUGACCUGGAGCCGCCCCAGCAUGGGCUGUACAUGCUCUUCCUGCUUGUGUUGGUCUUCUUCCUCAUGGGCCUGGUAGGCUUCAUGAUCUGCCACGUGCUUAAGAAGAAGGGCUACCGCUGCCGCACAUCGAGGGGCUCAGAGCCUGACGACGCCCAGCUCCAGGCCUCUGAGGAUGAUGACAUGAAUGAGGACACAGUAGAGAGGAUUGUUCGCUGCAUCAUCCAAAAUGAAGCCAAUGCUGAGGCUCUGAAGGAGAUGCUGGGGGACAGUGAAGGAGAAGGGACGAUGCAGCUAUCCAGUGUGGAUGCCACCUCCAGCCUGCAGGAUGGAGCCCCCUCCCACCAUCACACAGUGCACCUGGGCUCUGCAGCCCCUUGCAUCCACUGCAGCCGCAACAAGAGACCUCCACUUGUCCGUCAGGGCCGUUCCAAGGAAGGAAAGAGCCGUCCCCGGCCUGGGGAGACCACCGUGUUCUCUGUGGGCAGGUUUCGGGUGACACACAUUGAGAAACGCCAUGGGCUUCAUGAACGUGAUGGCUCUCCUACAGACAGAAGCUGGGGCUCUGGUGGGGGGCAGGACCUAGGGUCUGGUCAGGGGUCUGGGGGAGGGCAGUCCAGUGCAGGGAUGGCUGCUAUGGAGACACUGCCCCCUGACAGGCCACAGCCGCAGUCCCUAGCCAGCCCCCCAGUGCAGAAUGGGGAACUCAGGGACAGCAGCAUAGUUCCUUGUGCACUUGAGGGGAACCCUGGAGCCUCUGCAGAGUCGGCGGUGGGUGUUGGAAGCAGGGGCCCAAGCCCAGGGCUGCCCAGUCAAGAGGCAAAUGGACAGCCAACCAAACUAGACACUUCAGAUCACCAGGUGUCCCCAUCACAGGGAGUAGGGGGUGUGUGAGUCUUCUUCAUUCUUCGCUGCUGCUGAACAGACUACCAGCUGGCAGAGCCAGGGGUGGGUGGGCAUGAAGACCCUUCCUUCCACUGGACAGCACUGCCCCCAGCUAAGGGGCCAGCCUUACUUCCACCUGGAGUUGCACGGUCUCAAGCUGAGGGACCUCGGGAGAACCACCGCUCAACAUGCCCCUCAGUCUCUUCCCCUUCCCUUGCCUGCCAACAGGCUGCCUGUCCUACCACCUCACUCCAUAUGCUAGAGCGUGGCAGCUGGGAACAGGCCCGUCUUUGGUGGACCCCUAAAGCAAUAGCACCUUUGACCCCCUGCCCUCUUGGCACAAGAGGUCCAGGCCUUGGCUUGGGCUUUCUGCCCUUUAUUCACUGUUAAUAAAUCAGCUCAGAUCAUUA